GAAGCAUCCCUGUUUUCUCCUUGUUUUCUUUUCACACCCCUGCUCAGCACAUAGCCUGCUAUUAACGCCAUUCCCCAAACAUGGCCAGCCCAACACCGUCUCACAGGAUUGCCGUCGUGGUGGUCGGCAGUGGCGUCAUCGGACUGACGACUGCGCUCAGCUUGCAGCGAACUAACCGCUACUCUGUGACAGUAGUGGCCGACGACGUUGUUGCCGACUUGCAUGGCCCGCACAACAUUUCCCAAGACUGGGCAUCCCCUUUUGCCGGCGCCAACUGGCGCAGCUUUGCAACCAUUGAGCAGACCGAAGCACGUGCUGCAGAGGAAGAAGCCUACUUCAAAUUCCGCGACAUUGCUCGUACGACCCCCGAGGCCGGCGUCAAGAUUGUUGAUAUGGUUGAUUUCGGCGACGCCCCUGGCGAGUGCGAGAUGCUACAUCGCAACUAUGUCGCCAACCUGCAGCCAAUUGAUAAGGCAGAGUGGCCGGCGGGUGCCUCCAUGGGCUACAAGUACGACUCGCUGAUUAUUAAUGUGCUGCAGUACCUGCCUUGGCUCACUGAGCAGUUUACUGCCCAGGGCGGCCAGGUCAAGAAGGCGCGGCUGGAUCAUAUCCUGGAUGCCACGCAUUACGCCGACAAUUGCAAGGUGGUAGUCAACUGCACUGCCAUGGGUAGCCGGACCCUGGGCGGCGUCCUUGACAAGGAAAUGUACCCGACGCGUGGCCAGACCCUGCUCGUUAAUGCUCCCAGUCAGACAAAAUGUACAUAUGUAAUCCCUCGCGGCGACGGCACAGUGAUCUUGGGCUAUGAGGGUAGAUACUCCCGUGAUGCUUCGGAUGCCGAUGUGGAGGCCCUGCGCAACAAGCUGAUCCGAGUCAACGUCGCCUUCAGGCCUUCUCGGCGGUCUGGACCACGGCUUGAGGUUGAGAACAAGGGCGAUGUGGUCGUUCUCCACAACUAUGGCCAGUCGAGCUUCGGCUACCAGUCCAGCUGGGGAUACGCGUUUUCAGCUGUCCGCAAACUUGAUGCGGCUCUCCUGAACCGCCAGCUUCCCUCUGCCAAGCUGUAGCGACACGAGGACCAUUAAUAUACGUGAAAUUGUUUCUACUAUACAGCGUAAAAGUGUGAAGGGUACAUGGGAGGGGCGUUAUGCCUGGCGAAGAGUGCCUGCGGUUUUGGCCUUGGGUGGCCUUUGCGGCAGCCCCAGCGAUGUGCGGGUAUCAGAGUUGCACAGUGGGCAUCGAGAUGACUUGCUCAGCAGCCACCUGUCAAUGCACUCGCAAUGAAAGACAUGGCCGCAGACCAGCGCCCGGACCGUCGACUCGGCAUCAAACCCAUCGAUGCAGACCGCGCAC